AUGAGGCGGGUCGAGCACGGCGAGGCCAAUCGGGCGGCGGGGGGGGGCUCGCCGGCCAAGCCGCUCCCUUCCCCGGCGGCAUGCGCUCCGCCCCACCCGGGUUUAAAGCCCCACGGGCGGCUGGUGGCGGCGCUGCGAGCGCCCGGUGGCGCGAGGAGAUGCGAGAGUGCACCCGCAGUCGGCAUCAUGCGCCCCGCGCCCGCGCCCGCGCUGGCCCUGGCCGCUCUCUGCCUGCUGGCGCUGCCCGCCGCCGCCGCCGCCGCCACCUACUUCGGACAGGACCCCGAUCGCCUUGCGUGCGCACUUCGCGCCCCUUUCUCCGCCCCUGGCUCUCUGAGCUCAGACUUCACCUCCCGUUCCCGAAUCCAAGUCUCGGUCCGGUCCCCUGCCCUUCCCGGUUCCUCAGCCCAGCGGCUGUCAGACUCCAACCUAAGCCAGGAGCUCUGCUCUCGCCUAGGAUCCUGGCCCGACACCCCCGAUCUGGGACCUGGACAUCUGGUCGGGUGGAGGGAUUGGUGGGUAGAAGCGGGGGAGGGUGACGCUGAGAGUUUUGCCGAUACAAGGGCACGAGAGAUCCCGGGACCGCGGGGCAUGUCAGUUGGAGGCAGGAACUCCAAGCUUACCAUCUCCCUUCUCACGCUCUCCAGCCUGACAGGGCGUGAUGUGCUGACACCCUUCCCGGGCCUGGGCACAGCGGCAGCCCCGGCCCAGGCUGGUGCCCACCUGAAGCAGUGUGAUCUGCUGAAGCUGUCCCGGAGGCAGAAGCAGCUCUGCAGGAGGGAGCCUGGCCUGGCUGAGACCCUGAGGGACGCGGCACACCUGGGGCUGCUGGAAUGCCAGUUCCAGUUCAGGCAGGAGCGCUGGAACUGCAGCCUGGAGGGGAGGACCGGCCUGCUCCAGAGAGGCUUCAAGGAGACAGCCUUCCUGUAUGCGGUGUCUGCAGCUGCCCUCACGCAUGCGCUGGCCCGGGCCUGCAGUGCUGGGCGCAUGGAGCGCUGCACCUGCGAUGAUUCUCCGGGCCUGGAGAGCCGGCAGGCCUGGCAGUGGGGCGUGUGUGGUGACAACCUCAAGUACAGCACCAAGUUCCUAAGCAACUUCCUGGGGCCCAAGAGAGGAAGCAAGGACCUGCGAGCCCGAGCUGACGCCCACAACACCCAUGUGGGCAUCAAGGCUGUGAAGAGUGGUCUGAGAACAACCUGUAAGUGCCACGGCGUGUCGGGCUCCUGUGCCGUGCGUACCUGUUGGAAACAGCUGUCCCCAUUUCGUGAGACCGGCCAGGUGCUGAAGCUACGCUACGACACCGCCGUCAAGGUAUCCAGUGCCACCAAUGAGGCUUUGGGCCGUCUGGAGCUAUGGGCGCCUGCUAAGCCAGGUGGGCCCGCUAAGGGCCUGGCACCUCGUCCCGGGGACCUUGUCUACAUGGAAGACUCUCCCAGCUUCUGCCGGCCCAGCAAGUACUCCCCAGGCACGGCGGGCAGGGUGUGUUCUCGGGACGCAAGCUGCAGCAGCCUCUGCUGCGGGCGAGGCUACGACACCCAGAGCCGCAUGGUGGCUUUCUCCUGCCACUGCCAGGUGCAGUGGUGCUGCUAUGUGGAGUGCCAGCAGUGCGCGCAGCAGGAGCUUGUGUACACCUGCAAGCGCUAG